AUCAGUGGAUUGCCAGAUGCAAUUCUUUUCCACAUUAUUUCAUUCCUUGAAACAAGAGAUGCUGUAAAGACCCUGCCUAUUAUCUCAUAGAUGGAACAAUGUGUGGACUUAUGUUCCGAAUCUAGAGGUAUAUGUAUCUUCACCGAAAUAUGACUCAGAUGAACAUGUGCGUCAAGCCAGGUUUGUUGAUCGAGUACUUCUCAAACAUUCAUAAAUUCCGUCUUAUCUGCCUUGGAAUCGAAGAUUAUUUUGAUCGUAUUGAUGCUUGGGUUUGCACUUCCAUUAGGCGUAAUGUUGUAGAACUUGAACUUGAUCUUUAUACCACACCCUCAAAUUCCUACACAAGGUGUCUUAAGUUGCCUACAAGCAUUUUCAUUUGCAAGACACUGGUAGUUUUGAAGCUGAUACUAACAGAUCAUGUUAUUGCUAUCCCUCCAAACUCAAGUUGUUUUCCAAGUCUCAAGUACCUUGAUGUUCAGGUAUAUUAUCCUGUUGCUGUCGACUCAGUGGCAAAACUGUUUUCGUGUUGUUUCUCUGCACUUGCAUGAAGGUUUAAUUAUACAUGGAAAUCUCGGAAGACUUAGAGAUGAUGAAGUUUUGAACUUAACUAUAUAUCCCUGCUCCUAAACUCAAAAGACUACAGAUGAGAUUCUGUGCUGUUCCAGAGGAUGACCCUUAUGCUAGGGAUGGAGGGUAUGAGUACAAAAUUUUUGUUAAUUCUAAUGCUCCAAACCUUGAAAAGUUCAAUGUCAAGUACCUUUUGGCAAGCUAUUCUUUGAAGAAUGUAAAAUCGCUAAGCACAGUUAAGCUUAAAUUCAAAGGUCUGCAUGCGGGAGAGAACCUAUAUUUUGCUGAUCGUAUACAUAAGCUCUUUGCAGAAAUUGUGAACGUCAAAUAUUUGUCAAUUUUAGCUUCAAUUUUGGGGGAUCCUGACAUUGCAUAUCAAUAUCCUAUGCCUAGGUUCAAUAAUUUGAACCAGUUGGCGCUACGUCUUCAAACUUGCUGCUCUUGGAAAUCACUGCCAAGUUUUCUCAAUGCGUCACAGCUCACCGACUUUCUUUCAUAAUUCAUAUAUCUGCAUGAAUUUAUGUUUUGUUGGGUACUCUUACAUAGGAUGGGGGACUGAUGAGAAGGCCAUCAUCUGCUUACUGGGUCAUAGAAAUGCAACUCAAAGAAAAGAAAUCAGGGUCGUUUAUGAGCAACUUUAUCAAGAAGAUAUUAUCAAGCGCCUUGAGUCUGAGCUCUCUGGUGAUUUUGAGAGAGCGGUGUACCGUUGGACAUUGGAUCCAGCUGAUUGUGAUGCUGUUUUGGCUAAUCUGGCCAUCAAGAAACCCGAGUGCAACUACAAUGUCAUCAUCGAAAUCUUCAGUGUUCGGUGUCCUGAAGAGCUUCUGGCUGUAACAAAAGCUUACCAGCUUCGUUACAAGUGCUCUUUGGAAGAAGAUCUAGCUCAACAUACCAAUGGUGAUAUCCGCAAGCUUUUGGUUGCUUUGGUGACUGCUUACCGCUGUGAUGGUAACGAGAUUAAUGUAAAGUUGGCAAAUUCAGAAGCUAAUAUUCUUCAGGAUGCUAUCAAAGACGAGUGUUUUAAUCAUGAAGAAAUUAUUAGAAUCCUGAGUACACGAAGCAAGACACAGUUCAUGGCAACAUUCAACAAAUACAGAGAUGACCAUGGCAACUCUAUCAGCAAGAAUUUCUUGGAGGAUGGGGCUAAUGAUUUCCAGAAGGCAUUGCAUACUGCCGUUCGAUGCCUCAAUGACCACAAGAAGUGCUUUGAGAAGGUACUUCGCAAGGCGAUCAUAGGGACAGGGACCAAUGAGGAUGCCCUCACUCGUGUGAUUGUUACGAGGGCAGAGAAGGACUUGAACGACAUCAUGGAGGUUUACUACAAGAAGAACAGUGUUCCUCUUGAACAGGCUGUGGCCCAAGACACUUCAGGGGACUACAAGACCUUCCUCCUUACUCUGUUGGGAAAGAAGGACUGAGAUCCUUCUCUGAUCAAAUUCGAAUCAAGCUAGUGAGCUGUGAAUGAUGCUGCUGUUUUCUAUUGGUGUUUGAUGAGAUGGCUCCUCACUUUAGAGGAGCCGUAUCCAUAUUCUAUAUCAUGUCAAUAGUUUCUUUGCUUUGAGUUUUUUGCAGUGUGACUAUCUGUAUCAAUGUUCCUGGAGUUGGGAGUUUUUAUAUAAAAAGUGUCUA